UACAAAUUGCUUUUUAAUAGUGAGGCAAUCUAAAUAAGAUAAAGCAUGUUAAACAAUGUAAUGAGUUAAAACAAGUUUAUUAUUUUAAAGCUCUCUCACACGCAGAAAUUGGCGGAAGAGCAUCUGACCUCCUCCUUUCAACCUCUCCCAUCGCAGGUUGGAAAGAAUAAAAGAGAAGUCUGGAGAAUGGAGGGAGUGCGGGUAUUUUUGAUUGCUUUCCUUGUGGUUCUCCUGAUCCUCUACUUUUGGAGACAACAGCGAUCACUCCGAACGUACCCCCCUGGACCUCUUUCACUUCCUUUCAUUGGAGGCCUAUGGCGAAUUGGGUUUGGAUAUCGUGAAGAUACUCUGAUAAAGCUGGCAAAACAAUACGGAAGCAUUUAUACCCUAUGGGUGGCAAAUUUACCUGUGGUGGUACUGUCUGGAUUCCAUGUUGUCAAAGAAGGACUGGUCAAUCACUUGGAAGAAUUAUCUGACAGGCCACUGACUCCUUUCUUUAGAGUAAUAGGACGAGGAAAAGGUGUUGCACUUUCAAACGGUCACACAUGGAAGCAGCAGAGACGGUUUGGGCUACAUUCGCUGCGGAAACUGGGAUUGGGGAAAAAAGGCAUGGAAAGCCAAAUAGAAGCAGAAGCCCAGCAGCUUGUAGAGAUAUUUGCACGUGAAAAAGGGCAACCAUUUGAUCCUUCAAUGGCCAUCACAAAUUCCGUCUCCAAUGUGAUAUGUGCUGUGACAUUUGGACAACGGUUUUCUCUUGAAGACGAACACUUCAAGAAAUUAAUCACAGCCAUUGAUUUUGUUUUAACAGCCACAGGAAGCUUCUCUCAAGCACUGUAUGAAGUAAUGCCAUGGCUCAUGAAAAAACUUCCUGGACUUCACAGGAAGGCAUUUUAUGCCUCAAAUAUGGUGCUUUCAUUGGCAAAGACGAAAAUAGAGAAACACAAGGAGGACAACUCCUACCAUGAGCCACAGGACUUCAUUGAUUUCUAUCUACUUCAAAUGGAGAAAAGCAAGAAUGAUCCUGACUCUACAUAUGAUGAGGAAAACCUGGCUCAGUGUAUUCAUGACUUAUUUAUUGCUGGAACAGAAACAACUGCCACUACAUUGAAAUGGGCAAUUCUCCUUUUGACAAAUUAUCCAGAUAUACAGGAUAAAGUCCACAAGGAGAUAGAAGAUGUUUUGGUUUCCUCCUCCAUCUGCUAUCAAGACCUAAAGAAACUGCCUUAUACAAAUGCCGUGUUUCAUGAGAUCCUACGUUCAAAAUAUAUCUUGUUAGUUGGGUUCCCAAGACAAUCAACCAAAGACAUGAACCUGAGAGGCUUUCACAUUCCCAAGGGGACCAUUAUUAUACCAAAUGUACGCUCUGUUCUUCUUGAUCCUCAGCAAUGGGAGACUCCUGAAGAGUUCAAUCCGAAUCAUUUCUUGGACAAAGAGGGGAAUUUUGUGGCUAGAGAAGAAUUUCUGCCAUUCGGUGCAGGGGCCAGGGUAUGUCUAGGAGAGCAAUUGGCGAGAACUGAGUACUUCCUCUUCUUGACCAACCUGCUGAGGGCCUUCCGCUUCCAGCUGCCAGAAGGAGUCAAAAAACUCAACCAAACCCCUAUAGUAAGAAUAUCAACACCACCCCAGCCGUAUAAAGUGUGUGCUGUUCUUCGCCACAGCCCCUGAUAAAAUAAAGAAAAGAAAUUAUAUUGGUAUAUAUAUUGGGAAAAGUAGCUAGAGUCCAAACUCUGAGCUUGUUGAGGGUGUUGAUCUUCCACUUGCAAGAAGGUCUGUAUAAAGGUGUAUAGCACAGAGUAAAGUGUAGCAUAUAUCAUGUGCUUAUUUAUUGCUUUAUGUUAAAGUGCCUGAA